CUCGACCUGAGAAACCUUGGAAACCUCCAAAUGUUCUAGUCGCCCAUCAUCCACCUGCAGCUGCAGAAAUUACGCAAUGGUUGUUAUGCCUCUCUCAAUUACGGUUCGUCUAAAAGAGAGGGAUCAUGAUCAUGCUCCAUUGUCUUCAUCAUCAGUAUCAUCGAAUGGAUCAAAUCAUGCACUCGUUAUGCUCGAGCGUCACCCUGGUCGAUGAUCUUGUGCAGAUCUCUGUCAAUUCGAGCGGGCCAACAUUGCGCCUUUCCCAAUGCCCUGCAGCACCAGACCAAGAUACCUGCAUGCGUUAAAUCCAUGCAAGGUAGCCCACAUAUCUUGAACUCCAACACUGAGAUGCUCCUCGGUCGAUCGUCACACCAUAGCCAGAGGAUUGUGGGCUGGCUUCUCCGCACGAGCACUCCCGCAAAUAUUGUCUUCACGACUCGACCGUCGAUAGUUCGCUUCGAAUACACUCAUCGCGUUCGAAGCCAAAACUGCCGUCUACCACAGGCCAAAAUCCUCGACAUCGGCGCGCGUGCUGGGAGGUUUGUGACACUUCUGCCGGACGAGAUGUGCCUUGAAGUUGAUGCGAGUCAUCUAUUCGAGAGACGAGACGUCUACUUGGUUCUGCUGAAAGUUUUGCGAAAUAUAGUUGCUCGUUGCGCACUUCCUUGAAAUGUUCCGCUUUCUGUCCAUGAAGGAACAUAUGACAUGUAAGGCCUCGUAUGGAUAAUCAGCAUCAAGUAUCUCGGUUCAGA